AUGGCCUUCAACGGGAACAAUCCCAACCUCUACAAUGUCUUCGCCCAGCAGCAACAGCAGCAGCAACAGCAGCAGCAGCAGCAGCAGCAGCGCCAGGCAGGCAUGCAGGGACAGCCGCAGGCGCAGGCGCAGCAGUCCUACGGCAACCUGGCCGGCACCAUGCCGGGCUUUGCGCAGGCGGGCGGCUUCUCCCAGCAGCAGGUGCGCCAGUUUCUGCAGCAGCAGCACGCCAAUGCGCAGGGCGGCGUGCAGCAGCCGCAGCAGCAGCCGGGCAUGCAGGGCAUGAACCCCAACGUGCUCGGCCAGAUGCCCGGCGGCCUGCCCAUGCACAUGCAGGCGCAGGCCAUGCUGAUGGGCGCCGGCGCGGGGCAGAUGCCGAUGCAGGCGUCGCCGCAGCAGCAGGCAGCCGCCGUCAUGCCGCAGGCGCAGCAGUUCCAGCCGCAGCAGCAGGCGCAGGGCAUGCAGCAGCACAUGCAGCAGGGCCUCGGCGGCCCGGCAGGCCAGCAGGCCGGCAUCGUCUCGGGUGCGCAGGCUGCCGCUGCCGCGUCGCAGGCUGCCGCGAUGAACCGGCAGCAGGGCUCUCCCGUGCAAGGCGCCGCCACUCCCGUCGCCGGACCGUCGGGCCAGCCAAGGCCGCCGCUCAACGUCAACUCGCUGCCGCCACAGCUGCUGGCGGCCGUGCAGCGCGCACGUCAGGGCCAGCUCGACCAGGCGCAGGUUGACAAGCUCAAGUACGCCAUCGGCCAGUACCAGCAGCAGCAACAGCGCAUGCUGCAGCAGCAACAGCAGGGCCAGACGGGCGAGCCGUCGGCGCAGCCUGGCGCCCAGAUGGUCGGACAGCCGUCGCAGCCGCAGCCGCAGCCGUCGCAGCAGCAGCAGCAGCAGCAGCCGCAGCAGCAGCAGCCGCAGCAGCAGCAGGCGCCGCCACAGCGCUCGACGCCGCACAUGCAGCAGGCCAUGCCGCAGCCGCUCGCGCAGCAGCCCGGCCAGCCGGCGGGCCAGCAGCCGAACGCACUGGCACAGCAGCGCCUGGCGAUGAACAACCCGCAGCAGAUGAUGCAGGUCGUGCGCGCCGCGGGCAACCGCGUGGCCGAGCUCGAGCAGAAGAUGAUCUCGGCCAGUCCGGCAGAGCGCGAGACGCUGCAGAAGGAGAUCAACAACGCCAAGGCCAUCCAGGGCCAGAUGGCGCAGCGUCUCGCGCAGCUGCAGCGCCAGCAGCAGCAGGCCACCGCCAUGCAGGCGCAGCAGCAGGCACAACAGCAGGCUCAGCAGCAGCAGGCCCAGCAGCAGCAGCAAGCACAGCAGACGCCUCGUCCGCCGAGCGCCAACCCGCAGCUGCAGUCGCCGGCGCUGCGGCCCGCCUCUGCGCAGGGCAGCGUCUCGGGCCCCAGCGGUCAGCCCGGCAAGCCGGCGCACCCGAUGCAGCAGCAGGCACCACCGCAGCAGGCGGCGCAGAUGCCCGUGCAGCCGUCGAUACCGACGCUCAAGCCCGAUCAGUUCCUGCGCGCCCUCUACGACCUGCACGUCAAGCAGGGCACGCCGAGCGCGGCGCAGGCCAGCGUGGCGAACCGGCCGCUCGACAUGCACCGCUUCUACACGCUCGUGCAGUCGAGCGGCGGCAGCGAGGUCGUCAAGCGCAAGAAUGCGUGGGGCGCCAUCGCCGCCGGCCUCGAGCUGCCCACGCAGCUGGCGCCGCACGUCGCCGAGGCGUACCGCAUCUCGCUUGCUCCGUUUGAGCAGGUGUGGGUGCGCGCCAUUCAGACGCAGUACCAGCAGGCGCAGGCCGCGCAGCAGAAGCAGCAGCAGCAACAGCAGCAACAGCAGCAGCAGGCGCUUCAACAGCAGCAGCAACAACAGCAGCAGCAGGCCGCUCAACAGCAGCAGCAGCAGCAGCAGCAGCAGCAGCAGCAGCAAGCGGCACAGCAGCAACAGCAGCAGCUCAAGACGCCGCAGCAGGCCCAGGGCGUGAUUCCCGGCCAGCAGCAGGCGCAGCAGCCUGGACGGCCGAACGGCAGCUUCAGCGGGCCGCCGACGAACAUCCCGCAGCAGCUCACGCCCGCACAGCUGCAGGCGCUCGGCCUGACGCAGGAGCAGUUCAACCUCAUCGUGCAGAGCGGCCAGCUCGGCCAGCUGCGCGAGCGUCAGCAGCAGCGCCAGCAGCAGCUCGCCCAGCAGCAGCAACAACAGCAGCAGCAGCAACAGCAGCAGGCCCAGCAACAGCAGCAGCAAGGCGGCGCCGCGCCGCAGGGCCAGCAGCAGCCGGGAGGGUUCCAAGGCGCGGCUCAGCAGCCGUUCAACGCCGCCGCGAACCCAGCCGCACGCUUCCCCGCACCGGGCGCCGCCACGUCGCCGCAAAUACCGCAGGCCUCUGUGCUCAGCCCGAGCAACACGGGCAUGCAGCCGCAGCAGCAGCCGCAGCACGGCAUGCCCGGCGCGCAGCCGUCGCCUGCCGGCACCGAGCUGCCGAAGCCGACGCCCGUCAGCAAGGAGCAGCUGGAGAAGGCCAAGGAGGCCAUGGCGCGCGUGGACGCCGAGCUCAAGAUCACGCGGCCACGCCUCGAGGUCAAGGAGAACCUCUCGGAGCACGAGAAGGAGCAGAUCCUCUCGCAGAUGGGCCAGCUCACGACGAUCCUCGACACGGUCAACGCGCUGCUGCCGGCGUUCUACGCGAUCAACGGCAACUUCGAGGGCGCGCGGCGCCUCAAGAUCAUGGCGUACAUGUUCAAGGACCAGCUCGACAUGCUGCCGCAGCGCAAGUGCAUCCUCGCGCUGAGCGACCUCGACAAGCUCAAGAUGCAGAUCCACCGCUGCAUCAACUUCGUCAAGACGCACAACCCGGACCUGACGAGCUACCUGCUGCAGGAGCUCGCCGCCGAGCGCCAGCGCACGCGUCAGCAGCAGCAGCAAGCUCAGCAGCAGCAAGCCCAGCAAGCUCAGCAAGCUCAGCAGCAGCACUUCCGUGCCAUGCAGCAACAGCAGCAGCAGAUGCAGCAACAGCAGCAGGCGCAGCAGAUGCAGCAGCAGCAACAGCAGCAGCAGGCGAUGCACGCUCAGCAGGCGCUUCUGCAGCAGCAACAGCAGCAGCAGCAAUUCCAGGCGCAGCAGGCCGCGCAUGCCCAGGCGCAGCAGGCACAGGCGCAAGCGCAGGCUCAGGCCCAAGCACAGGCUCAGGCACAGGCGCAGGCGGCGCAGGCAGCAUCGCAGACGCCAGCACAGCCGCAGGCGACGGCCACGCCAGACGAGUCCGAGGAGGCACUCGCUGCGCACGGCAUCAAGCGCGGCCUGCGCGUCGAGGACCUCAAGCCGCCGCCCACGAAGCGUGGCAAGGGCGCCGUCGCGAGCGUGCAGCAGGCCGGUGCGUCGCCGCAGGCCAAGUCGCCGCAGCUGCAGGCCGAGUCGCCGCAGAUCUCGGCCGCCUCGCCGCCCGCGGGCAAGGGCCGCAAGGCGCCCGUCAAGCCAAAAGCAAAGAAGGCAAAGACGGCCGACGAGCCAAAGUCGAAGGCCAAGACGAGCGCCGACAUCAUGGCCGAGGUCAAGCGCGAGAUCGCUGAGGAAGAGGCGCGCCGCAAGGCCGCCGGCGGCUCGACACCCGCGGCUGCGGUCGCAAAAGCGUCGCCGUCAUCGCUCGCGCAGGGCGGCGCCGAGACGGCGCAGUCGCCCAGCCAGGCGGCCGAGGCUGCGCUCAAUGCGCGCCGGCAGCGCGAGGCCGAGCUGGCGCAGAGCGACCCGGCCGGCCUUGCCGAGUCGGCGUGGCAGGGCCUCUUCUCCAACAGCGCUGCCGAUCCGUCGGGCAUGGCCGCCAUGACGGCUUCGCACGCGUCCGCGUCGACGGCAGACGGCAAGACGCUCGACAACCUGCUGUCCAUGCUCGGCCAGGGCUCGAUCGUGGGCAACGGCGCCUCGGACAUGUCCAGCCAGCAGGGCGCACAAGCGCCGCAGGCCUCGCACGGCCAGGCGGCAGCUGCGCGCGGCAGCCCGUCGCGGCAGCAGACGCAGCUCGCCGACGACCAGGCGGCGGCGGAGCGCGCACGUCUGCAGGCCGAGGCCGAUGCCGCCGUCGAGGUCGACUUCUUCGACUUUGACUCGUACAUCGAGGACCCGUCCGAGUUUGCCACGCUGCUCGGCGGCGGCGAGUCGGCCGCGCAGAGGCUCGUCUCGGGCGACGAGCCGCCGGCCGAGACGCCGGAGCUCGUGUCGGGCUCGAACCAGUCGUCGACGGCGUCGUCGGCCACGAGCUCGAUGAUCCUGCAGAAGGCCGCCAGCCUGGGCGGCGUCGGCGGCCCGCUGUCGACGAGUCCGAUGGACAGCAGCGACGACAGCGAGCCGAGCCCCGACGACCUGCUCAGCUCCAUCAUGGCCGGCGGCGGCAGCGCUGCCGGCGACGGGCGCACGUCGCAGAAGCGCAAGAGCCAGGACGACCCCCUCGACUGGUGGGACGCCGACCAUGCGCCGCAGCUGCAGCCGUGGGCGAUCCUCUCAUAG